ACUGAGAUCAAAUUUAGUAAAGAAUGGAGCCAGUUCAAUUCUUUACAAAAUACCGGAAUCUAAUCAUCUUCAUGAUGUUUGGUUCCGUUAACGGUUCCCCUGUGAAUUUUCCGCCGAUGCGGCUGGAACGCCAUUCUGAAAUACUCUGAUAGUGUUUCCAGUAGCGCAUUUCUGCAGCAGCGCUGCCCUCUACUGGGUCAAAAGCAUAAAACACACAAACAAAUGGCUCUCUAUGAGCCGGCUCUGUUGAAUCUACAGCGCGAAACAGACAACGCUUCUGGAACAGUCCGAUUCCUAAAAGGAUGACUCAUAUGAGCCGAUUCGUUUGAAUCUAAAGCGUGAAACAUACAAUGCUUCUGGUCUAGUCCAGUACAGUAUUAAUCUUACACUGAUGUGCAAGUUAUGAAUGUCCAACUUGAAAUUAAAUCAGAACUGUUAAAGUCUUACAAGCUUGAAGUACAACAUUAGACAAUAGAAUACAGUCUAAACUGUCUCUGGAACUGUUAAUGUUAUGACAUGUGACUUUACCUGUGAGACUUUAAUCAGCAGUGCAGUUACUGACUGGCUGUUCAUAUGACAAUGUUUAAUUAAAGGUACAUGAGUUUAGUAAUACAAGGAAUUUUAUAUUAUUAAAAUGUUUUUUUUUUUUUGUGAAAUAUACCAUCACAUUCCUUGUUUGUUUAGAUACAGUCCAGAUAUAGCCUAGGUAGGAUCCAUUAUUUGCUUGGAUAUACAGUAUGUCUCUAAAAAGUCAGCAAACACACCUUUUACAAGAAUUGUAUUACAUUUAUUUCUGAUUUGUUAUAUCUGCUCUGUAGAAAUCUUAAAGGAUCUCAUCAUUUGGCAACAGACUUCCAAUAAGAAUUGUAUUUCUCAUUUUCAAAUAAUUCUUCCUCAGAAGUAAUAAAAGAACUACUGGAAUCGUUACUGGAACCGUUAAGGAACCGGAAUCGUUAAAUUCCUAACGAUUCCCAUCCCUAAAGACAAGAACUUGAAUGAUGAUCCCAGCAGGGGCCUCUUCAUUUAAUUUUUUUUUUAUUUGGAGCAUUACCAUAAAUUCCUCUGGGAGGGAAAAGCAUAGAGCUGUUGUGAAGGUGUCAUAUACAGCAGUAGUUUGUAUACGCCGAGAGAAACUCGUUGAAGACUGUGCCCUUAGCUGCUCUCUAUUGCACUGAAGAUAAAGACUUUUAUAAAUACUUUAAAACAGUUUAAUUAUGAACAGAAGGAAUGGAACGGGCCCUUUUAUUUCAUCCAGGCUGCGGACCCCCAGCUUGGCCUGAUGAAAGCGUGGAGGAUAGGUGACUGUGAUUCAGGAGGGGAUGAGUGGGCUGAGGAGGUCCAGCUUACAAAGCAGGCAAUCCAGGCCAUUAACAAACUACAGCCCAGACCUCGCUUCAUCGUGCUAUGUGGAGACCUUGUCCAUGCUAUGCCUGGCAGUCCGUUCAGAAAAGACCAGGUGAAGGAUCUCAAAGAAGCACUGAGAGGCACUGAUCCUGACAUUCCCCUUGUGUUUGUCAGUGGUAAUCACGACCUUGGCAACACACCCACUCCAGACACCGUGGAGCAGUUUUGCCGUGACUGGGGUGAUGAUUACUUCAGUUUUUGGGUGGGUGGCGUGUUGUGUUUGGUGCUGAACUCCCAGUUCUUCUUCGACUCAUCAGGCUGCCCUGAGCUAAUGGAGGCCCAGGAGGUCUGGCUGGAGAGCCAGCUGCAGAGAACUGCCCAGAUCUCCUCAUGCCAUGUUCUCGUCUUUCAGCACAUUCCACUCUUCAUCCGUACACCUGACGAAGAGGAUGACUACUUCAACCUGCAGAGGGGUAUGCGAGAGCGCCUGGUCCAGAGAUUCAAACAUGCAGGAGUUAAAGCCGUGUUCUCCGGUCACUACCACAGAAAUGCAGGGGGAAGCCAUGAUGGGUUGGAUAUGGUGGUGAGCUCAGCGAUUGGUUGUCAGUUGGGGGAUGACACCCAUGGUGUAAGAGUGGUGGUAGUUACUAAAGAUGAGAUCAUCCAUCGCUAUUAUAGUCUUGACCAGUUAACCGAAAGAGGACUGGAUGAAGACCUGAAGAAACUGCUGGCAUGAACGCUCCACCCACAGCCAAUAAUUAUGCAGUUGUAUCAUAAUUUUCAAAAGAAAAGUGACCACACCUCAUCAGAGUCUUUUUCAGCAUUCCAUUCUAGGAACUGUUAACUGCGCCAAUGUGUGUGUGCAUUUAGGUGUGUUUUUUACAGAAAUAAAAAGAGCCUUACCUUCCGAAUAUAUUAACAAGCAUUAGUAAUAUGAACCAGUGGCACUUUUGAUCUUUGGCAUUUAUAUCACCUGUCUCUACACUCAAAUCAUGCAAAUACAUCUGAGAAAUCCUUAAACACUAAAGUUAAGUCACCUUGUCUUACUAAUGGAGUGAUCCGAUGGUACAGUACAAUGGUAUUGUAAUAGCACUGAACAUUUUGGAUAACAGUUUGAUGAGUUCACUCCUUGCCCCUCUCUGCUUAUUAUUCUCUUCCAUCUCUGAGAAGAGGAAAGAGGCAAUCUCCAUGGUUACUAUUGAAAGACGUGGCUGCCUUGACCGGGACAGUGAGUCACUUGUUUCGUGGGUGGAUCACCAAAAACAUAAUUGCUGACCUCACCUCUCACUUGUGACUAAGAAGCUUCCAAAAGAGGCCGGGUGUGAUUGAACAACUUUAGAAGUAUGCAGCAAGAAAGAUUUUUAAAAAGACCAAGCUCUUGUCUGAAUUCAGUCAGUGACCUUGCACUUCCUCAUCUGUCCUUGUUUUGUGUGAGUCUGCUUGUUAUGAAAAAUUGCAAAUUCAAUUUCACAUCCUGGAGGGACUAAACUGUUGCAGCAUCAUAGCUGUUAAAAUUCAACUGGAUUUAACUUGGAUGUUUUGUUUUCUCUGGAUCUUCCAAUGUAACUUUUAUUUUUAAUGUUUAAAGAGCUAUGAUCAUUCAGUACACGGCUGUAUUUUAUAUUUUACCUUGGAAUUUAGAUAGAUUUCAUUAUUAAAGAGAAAUUGUAUGA